AAAGAUGUCGUAUAGAAAGAAUCACUGUUUCCACUCUACAACAGUCUUUACCCUUAAUAGACUUGGCAUUACUUAUGAAAUUCUUUGUUUACAUGCAAAGAAAUACCGUUUAAUGUUUACAGUCGCUAGCUAGCUAACUGCUCUAAGUCAGAACUUUUGAUUGUCCGGAAAUCAAUACUACAGUCCCAGUAUAGAUAUUUUCUGGAAAACUAUUCAAGUAUGAGAUUAAAUCAUAUUUAUACUUAACCAGAAGCAAAGAAUUUGCAAAAGAAGAAGUAUAUUUACAUUUUAAAAAGGCCGACACUAACUAGCUAACGCGCUAGCUUUCGCAACGUGUUUAUCUAUUGGAAACUGAACAAGCUCUGAUGAAAUGGUGUAUGCCUGAUAAUUUCCGAAGAAAUCUAGACUCAAGCGAAACGGUGGAAGAUGCACUAUUACAGAUAUGAGAAUGCAGAAGUCAGCUGUUGCUACAAAUACUUAUUGUUCAGCUAUAACAUUAUCUUCUGGUUGGCUGGAGCAGCGUUUAUUGCUAUUGGCUUCUGGGCUUGGAGUGAAAAGGGAGUGCUACUGGACCUCACCCAAGUGACACGGUCACAUGGAUUUGACCCAGUGUGGUUGGUGCUGGUAGUGGGAGGUGUCACCUUUAUCCUAGGAUUUGCUGGGUGUGUAGGGGCACUACGUGAGAACAUCUGCCUUCUGAAGUUUUUUACUGUAGUCAUCGGUUUCAUCUUUUUACUGGAAUUGACGGCAGCUGUGCUAGCCUUCGUUUUCAAGGAUCCCUUAAAGAAAUGGAUUAAUGAUUUCUUCCUGACCAAUGUGAAGGCCUACCGGGAUGACAUUGACCUUCAGAACCUCAUUGAUUCAUUACAAAGAUUGAACCAGUGUUGUGGUGCCAAAAACCCAAAUGACUGGGAUGAGAAUAUGUACUUCAAUUGUACACCUGAGAACCUCAGCAGGGAGCGUUGCGGAGUUCCGUUCUCCUGCUGUAUCACUGGCCCCCGUAAGGACUCUGUUGUGAAUACCCAGUGUGGCUAUGACACCAGAGCACCACCGGCAAACUGGAGCAGCCAAAUUUUUACGAAGGGCUGCAUCGUAGCGCUGGAGGAAUGGCUACCACGCAACAUUUACAUUGUGGCUGGGGUCUUCAUCGGCAUCUCCUUGCUGCAGAUGGUGGGAAUCUACCUGGCAAGAACACUAAUUGGAGACAUUGAAAAAGUUAAUUUUAGAUAUUAAGCUAUCAAGCAUUUCAGAAUGUGCCAAUAUCAAAUAUACAGCUCAGUGUAUCUACCAAUCUGGGAGAAAUGCAUUUAAUUUCAGUUUCAUUGUUAUUUCCUGGAAGAUGGGAGGAACAGCUUAUAUUUCCUUGUACAGGUUUAACUGAGAGGAAGAUUUUCACAGGAGUUUGUAGAGUUUCAUCCAGUUGCUAUUCUGUUAUUCUGUUACACUUCUACCGGAAUGUCUAACUCUUAAGACAUAUCUGACCCAGACAAAAAUAUCUACCUUAGAAGUCUAAGAUUUCUAUUCAUGUUUAACUGCUUUAUUUUUUAAUAGCUAAAUGAGAAUCAGUAUAUGUACAUGGCAUUCUUUUCCUAACUAAAAAACUUGCAGUGAACAAUAAUAUUUAUGCAGUCAAAUUAAGGUUACCAGUGUUUCCCAGUGAGUUCAAUUAGCUUUUUAGAAAUCUUGACCAUUCAUUGGUUUACAAUAUGGAUUUUUUUCAGUUGGAGCUACACUGAUGUGUAUGUUCCCUUGUGUAUUUUCAACUCCCUUGCCAUUCUCAAGAAUUCCUUUCAGGCACUUGCUUCAGUGUAAUGGUUUCUUUGACUAGUUGUAAUUGUUACAGACAAAGGCCUAUCUCUUGCCAUUAGCUUAGGUAAAGCUCUGGGAGUUCUUUGAAAGUAUACCAUCAGACAUCAAUGAAAAUUAUAUCCAGUCAGUUUGUUAAAUAAAAGUGAUAUUUUUCUGGUGACACAAAAUAGAAGGGAUAUGUGAUAAAGUGACUUUUUUAAGUAUAGUUACUGCCUGUCAUUUAAGCUUUAUAAAUAAGAAUUGCUUGUGUCUAUUUGCUGUUUCUAUGCAAUAAAAAGUUUUGUAUUCAGUUAUAGGCUUUA